AUGGCUUCUUACGCUUCUCACAUUGGGAAAAAGACGAAACAACAGACAAUUGAAGAAUUUCUCGCUAAAGCUCUCUCUUCAACAAAUAAUAAUUUACCGAAUUCUGGUAAAAUUACACCAAUCACCCUACAUGGGUCAAAAAUACAAGGUUCUCCUUGUCGCACUCCAAAUACGCUAUUGUGUAAGGGUAUUUCAUUAUCAACAGGCUUACCGUGUAAACGCCCUGUUGUUACGGAAAAUUAUUGUUUCCAACAUAGAACUCAGAUAAAUGGCAGAAGUCCGUUCGGUAUACCCUUUCCAACGCGAAAAAAUCAACUACCGGACAAUGAUGUAAGGAGUGAUAGCGAGAAUGUUACUGAUUUGUCUACUUUGAAAGUACGUGAAAAAAGAUUUGGUGAAAUAUCUACAAAGUUAUCUACUCUGUCGUUAAGUAGUCAAAAGGAAAACAUCGAUAAAGUGCAAAAAAGGUUGAAUGGCGAAUUAACUAAGGACUCUUCCACCACGGUGGUUAUGAUAAGUCUUGACAAUAAUGUUAAAGUACAUAUAACGCAAUCGAAAAGUCCUAAUAAACUUAAUGCCGAUACGAAUGUUUCAAUAUCUUCUGAAGAGGGAAAAGAAUUAAAUAAAAUUCCUCGGCCUACAACCCCUCCACCAAUUCGUCAACCGAUAGAUCCCAGCCCUGCCAUUCCGGAUGAUAAUUUUAUAGAAACUAUCAAUAAGGAGUUCUUCCAGACUCCUUCGGUAAUUUCUCCAAAUAAUGAAUUACCGACAGCUCCGUGGCUAUCAUCAUCACCAACAUUAUCAACGCGUACUGAAUUGCCACCAGUGAUAAAACGGCCUGUAACGCCAACAAAACAGCUAUAUAUUGACUUGACAAAGGAUUUUACAGCCUCUAAGAAAGAUCUUUCGAGAAAAAAUCGAAAGGCUGAGAAAGGCUCUGGCCGAAAAACCAAGAAGGACAAAGAGGAAAUUAUAGUACAAACUGAUGAGUGUGAAAGGAUCCUAUUUGUUCCCGGACGUUCUAAACUUGUUUGGGUAAAAUUUGAUGAUUGGAUCAAUCAUAGUCUAUCUGAAGAAACUAAGCGACAGCUGAAGUUAGAAAUGGAGAAACCAAUCUCCGAUAAGGACGAGGCUGGCUUCAUAUAUGCGUAUAGGUUGGUAGAAGGCCUUUCAACACAACAUGACCCUAAUUUCACGUUAUACAAAGUUGGUAGGGCCACCAACGUCCACCGACGUUUAUAUCAGUGGUCACACCAUUGUGGCUUUAUGCCUGAAUUGAUCGAACUUUUCCCAAAUGUCAAACAAAUGAGUUCGUUCAAUUCCCAAGAGUCAUUUUUGGAAUCAUUGUUGUAUGAAGAAAAUGAAGGCAAUAAUAGCUCAUUUAGCGAUGAACGGUUGGAACAAUUAGCACGUAUUCCAAAAUGUAAAUAUACACAUCGAGCUGAACGCCUUAUUCAUAUAGAGUUAAGUGAGAAGUUUAAAGUGGACAUGGGGAAAUGUUCUGGAUGUGGGAACAUUCAUCGAGAAUGGUUCCAAGUAAAAUCAGGUAACGAAGGUUGGGAAGAAGUGCGAAAAGUCAUUGUUCAUUGGAUGACUUAUGUUGAAAAGCACUAUGGAGUAGGAUAA